AUGGCUGACUUGCAUCAUGGAAGAAUUACAGCUAUCGAGACAAGAAGACAGCUAUAUAACAGACAGUUACAGAAACAUACAGUAAGAUGGCCCAAAGAAGUCCUAAUGCUCCAACUCCCAAAAGGAGAAGAUCUUCAACUGCAGAUGUAUUUGAGUUUGGGACAAGCUCGCCAGGCCAAGGAACCCCGCCAAGCAAUGCCAAGCUGAGGCAAAUCAUAGCCAACCAGAAUGCCAUAUUAAAGCUUAUGGAGGAGGAGAAAGCCCACAGGAUGAAAAAGGAAGAAGAUGCACACAAGAAAUUUGAGAGAAAUCCACAUAUAGCGGCUCUUGUACCUGUUUGCAUCAGAAGCUGUACAACUCUUCUUAACUUAGAUCCAUGGAAUUUUGAUGCUAAGUUCAUAGCUCCUGAAAACAUGCAGCUCAAUAGGAAAGUAACUGAAGAGAUUUUAAAACACAAUGACAAGUGGUCAAUCACUGUAGUGGAAGCUCAUCUGAAAAGAUACUUUAACAUUAAAAGAACAUAUUCGAGAAGAGCAAACCGGCCUGGGGCCUCACUCAAACACAAGGAACAAAUCACAAGACGAAACAGACUAACUAGGAAGCUUAAAAGUCGCAAGGAUGCAUUAGGAAUGUUGGAAUCUGAAUGGUCGGAGACUAAGAUAGCCCGUGUUGGAGCUAUUUUAACAGAAGAAUACAUCUCAAGUGAUGAGGAGGACAUAAAUGAAGAGGAUUCAUCUUUAAAGCCAAAUUGCCGCCCAAAGUUAGUUAAGAAACUCACUUGGGAGUCAGAUCGGCUAUGUAAAGUGAAGCAAGCUCUUGAUGAGAAAUACAGAAGCAAACUUAGCAAAGCGUCCAAAAAGAACUUUGCGAAAUCUACAAGAGGAAAGGCGACAUCCAUUAGAGAGGCUCCUGAGAAUGCUCCAAGUUGGACAUUGAAAUUGUAA